UUCAGUAUCUUAAAAUAACUAAUUUGUGAGAUAGGAUAUAAAAAGGCACGGGAAAUAUGUCAUUCUGAUAUACACGUCACCAGUCGGUGGUAAUACCAAUUUGUGGUUUGUCAAGCACCAAUAAAAUCUCAAAAGGAGGAACGAUUAUGAACUGAAAGUGAAACUUUGGAUAUGUAGACUUAGAAAAUGGCAUCUAGAUAUUUUGCUGAGGAGGAUUUCUCUUGUCCAGUGUGCUGUGAUAUUUAUAUAAAUCCUGUUCUUCUGUCAUGUAGCCACAGUGUUUGUUCAGCCUGUAUUCAGAGGUUUUGGGAAAAUAAAACAUUAAAAGAAUGUCCAGUUUGCCGAACAACAUCUUCAAAUGAUCGUCCUCCGUUAAAUCUGGCUUUGAGAAACCUGUGUGAGAGUUUUCAACAGGAGGAAAGACAAAGAUCUUCAUCUGAAGAUGAAAUGGUCUGCAGCGACCACAAAGAGAAGCUCAAACUCUUCUGUCUGGAUGAUCAACAGCUCGUGUGUUUGGUGUGUCGAGACUCCAGAAAACACUCCAACCACAGAUUCUGUCCUGUAGAUGAAGCUGCGAUGGACAAUAAGGAGAUACUCAAAGCUUCAUUGGAACGCUUACAGGAGGAACUGAGAAAAUAUGUGAAACGUGGGCAGAAUCUGUGUAAAUCUGCUGAAAAUAUUAAGGUUUGAAAUAAACAAUGUUUUUAAUUCAGUUCUGGAAGUGUAGAUAUUGAUGUAGAUCUAGUUUGUCCAAUAUUGUUGUCUUUUAUUUCAGUUUCAAGCUCAACACACAGAGACGCAAAUUACAGAGGAGUUUGAGGAACUUCACCAGUUUCUACACAAAGAAGAAGCAGCCAGAAUAACAGCACUGAGAGAGGAAGAAGAGCAGAGGAAUCAGAUGAUGGAGGAGAAGAUGCAGGAGACGACCAAACAGAUUUCAUCUCUCACAAGCAUAAUCAGAGACGUAGAGGAGCAGAUGAAGACUGAAGACGUUUCAUUCCUGCAGGUGUCAAUGAAUCUUCAUUAUUCUCCAUAUGAAUGUCAAUUUCAGAGAUUUCAGCCAAAAUUAGUUUUGCUGAUAUAUUUCACAUCUUGUUGUUUCUUUACAGAACUUUAAAGCCACAUUGCAAAUGUUUGUGUUUGUGUCAUGUCUGUUUCUCUCUGUCCUUCUGAACUCAAUCCAUCAUCAUCAUCUCUGACUCUUGAAUGUUGUUUCAGAGCCCAGUACAGCCUUCCAGAUACAGACCUCAGUCCAAAUGUGACAAUCACUUUCACAGAUCACCUGACCAACCUGAAGCUCAAUGUCUUACAGAAGAUGCAGGAAAACUUUGGUGAAAGUGAGUAUGACAGAACGCAACAAUGAUUUCAGUGUUGUUUGUCUUAAUGUAUGUGUAUCUAUUCUCUCUCCAGAUGAUGAAUAUAAACAAAGUGGUGGAGGGAACAGCAGAAAAACCUUCCCAAAAC